UUAAUUAAUUACCUUCAAUUAUUGAGCAUAGAGCACACUAUCAUGAAGCUAAUUACCCUCUCUUUCAUCUUCCUCUUUGCAUUUCCCAUAUUAACCUUUUCAUCAUCAGAACCACUCCUUGACACUGAUGGAAACCCUAUUCUCACAGGCACCGCAUACUACAUUAAGCCAAUCCUUCUUGGACCACCCUUUCCCCCUGCCGUAACCCUAGGUUACACCGGAAAAUCGACUUGUCCAACCACCGUCGAAAUUAACCAUAUAUAUACCCUUCUACGACGGCCUCUGUUAUGGCGACCGGACUGCAUUCUGUCGCCAAAAUGGAUAGUAUUUGUUGAUGAGAAUGAAAAAGGGUAUGUUGGAAUUGGAGGUCCAGAAUUUCAUGCUGGAUACUCAACACUUUAUGCUCCUUUUAGCAUUCACAAAUCCACACAUAGCUAUAGCCUUAAAUUCUGUCCUGAAACCACUUAUUCCAAUAUUGAUGGUUACUCUCUUGGGAACCAUGUUAGUCUUUUGAAUCUUGUUGUUACUAAUAAUGCUGAGCCUAACUUCCAGUUUGCGCUGCAAAAACCGGAUCCAAAUUAUGCGAAAAUUAGGACCAUUGUUUGA